GAUGUUUAUAAGAUGGUUUCAUAAGUUGACCAUAUUUUAUUGAGACCGGAUACUUGCAUAGGAAGUGUUGAGAUAUCAGAUUAAGAAUAAUGGAUAUUUGAAGACAGUGAUUAGAUCAGUUUUAAAUUAGAGGAAUAUAUUUAUUGUUGAGGAUUAUAUAAGAUAUUUGAUGAGAUAUUGGUGAUAGCAGCAGAUAAUUAUUAGAGAGAUAAAUCUACAGAUAGAAUAUCUGUGACAGUAGAUAAUGAUUUUAAAAUGAUAGAGAAUGCUGGACCAGGCAUUCCAAUAUAAAUACUUAAAUAAAACAAUAUAUAUAUACCAGAGAUGAUAUUUGG